AUGCCCGAAUACGAGGUCAGGCUCCUGCUCGACCCAGCUGCGGUGCUCAGCCCUCAACACGAGCUAAUGGACACUGUCCUAUUGGCCUUCGAGAUGCCCCCGACCGUCACGAAGCUGAAUGUCCAAUUCCUCGACACGAGUCCUAAGGAGCUCUUUACAGCCGACUGGAGUGCCCGCAUCCGCAAGACCGAAAACCAAGACGGCUUCGAGCUGACGUAUAAGAAGCGAUAUGCCAUCACGGGCAGUGACAUUGACGUCGCUCUCACUGCGGCUAAUAGCGAUGGUUUCAAGGAUGGUAACUCGAAAUACGAGGCGCAAGUCGAAUGGGGUUACCAGAAGCAGACACUUUCCAUCAGCCGCAAGAAAACUGUAAAGGAUCAUGGGAAUAGCGGGAUGAACCUGCCGGGGACGAGCAACUCGCGGAAAAUGCUGAUCAGCGAAGCGCCGGACAAGUUCGACAAUUGGAGGCAUAAUAAACGGGGUACCGGCGCGUUAGCAAUAUCGCGCAUUUUUGGCCCGGUCCUCACUAGGCGGUCUAUUGGCACGUGGAACAAGAUGAAACUAUACAUCGAGGUCUGGCCCCUCGUCAACCUCUCGGGUACUGAAAAUGAAUAUGUCGUCGAGGCCUCUUUCAAGACGGAGAGCUUCACGGAAGCCUUGAUUGAGCAGAGCAACUUGGCUACCUUCUUGCAGAGUAAGGGUUGGUUCCUCCCACAGGAUUCACUGAAGACGCAGCUCAUUAUGGAGCGCUACUAA